AUGUGCUGCAGAAUUGAGAAGAACCAUGCUGGUGAUCAUACGUGCCUAGUGCUGAUGAAGUCUGAUGAUGGUCCAAAGGACUUCCAGAGGCUGGCUACUCUUGGUAGAGUGCAAAAGGACUUCUGGAGGAGUGUGGUGAAGGAAUCAACUACUAAGCUAUGGCACAAAAAGGAAUACCAAGUCAGAGUAUAUGUGUGGUCAUCUCAGCUCUGCCUAUGGCUGCUAUACUUUGCAAAGGCAAGUGCAUUUGACCCAAGGGGAAGCGAGUGCAACACAUCCACAGGUCGCACGAAGCGUGGGAAAGUCAUGCACGCGGAGGCAAAGGCAUGCGCAGAGAGUGGUAGGAUGUGCGAAGCGCAGGAAAGUCAUGCGCUAAUAGGUGAAAGUGCGCAAAGGGCUAGGAAUGCAAUGGGGACUAGAGGAAGAUGA